CAAGAGCGGGUGAAACAUAAAGAAGCAAGCGCGUCCUGGAAUUUUGAGUUGGCCAUUAAACUGAGAGAAAAGUAGUAGUAGAAAGGGUAAACGGGGACGAGGAGGAACAGGGCACUGGUUCCGCCCACGGACUUGUGGCAGCCAUUCAAUGCACCGCCGAACGCUCAUCCCUUGUUCAUCCAGCUUCGAGGCAGCCUCGUCUCUCUUCUUCGGCCCUUGUUCCUUCGAUACGCUGCCCCUUCGCGCUCCCCGGCCCGCGCCUGUCCCGCCCUCCGCUUGCUCCCACUCCUCUCAGGUAGAGGAGGGAACCGACAUGGAAGCUCUGAAGCCUAGUUUAAGGAUGGAGAAUAUGUACGCAGCGCAGCAGCUGCUGCAGGACCAAGGGGUUUCGAGCGAAGAGGCAUGUUGGGUUGUCGAGCGGGGGAACUAUUUGGGCGAGGGUUUCGCGGUCGACGACCUCCUCAACCUUGGAGAGUUCGCGGAAGACGAGAUGCAAGCGGAGGAAGCCGAAGUGGGCGGGAAAUUCGAAACGGAAGCCGGAGCUCAGCACACGGAGCCGGAGCGCUGCAGCUCGUAUUCGUCCCCUCCUUCCUCCUCUUCGGCUCUCUCCUUCGAGCUACCGCCGCCGCCGCCUCUUUCAGAUAUCUUUCCAGCGCAUGACGCUGAAGAGCUGGAAUGGGUUUCUUACAUCAUAGACGACUCCAUCACGGAGUUCCCCCCGCCGUGCUCUGGGGUUGCACCCCUCGCCCGGCAUGAGAACCGGCACCCCUGCACCGCCGCACCGCAAUGUCAACGGCCCUUCCUUCUGGGCCCCAGCGUCUGCGCCCUCUCUACGGAAGCCAUGGGCAUAGUGAAGGCCAAGCGGAGCAAGCGCUCGCGCAGCGCCACCGCCGCCUGGUCAAAAUCCGGCCCUGUCCCCUUCGCCGACACCUCCUCGUUCUCCUCCGCCGACAACAGUACCACCACCUCCGCCGCCUCUUGCUCUUCUACCUCAUCCUCCUCCCCUCUCCUCAUACACGACCAGCCCGCUGGCGGCUUCGACCAAAGCUUCCUCAUUUACGGCCACCACCCGCCGCCGCGCAUGAAGCAGACACCGAAGAAGCGCGGCCGAAAGCCCAAGGUCCCGCCGUCCGCCGCACCCGCCGCCAUCGGCGAGCGGCGGUGCAGCCACUGCGGUGCCCAGAAGACGCCGCAGUGGCGGGCCGGCCCCCUCGGCUCCAAGACCCUGUGCAAUGCCUGCGGCGUCCGGUUCAAGUCCGGCCGCCUCCUCCCGGAGUAUCGACCAGCUUGCAGCCCCACUUUCGUCAGCCACAUGCACUCCAACAGCCACCGCAAGGUCCUCGAGAUGCGCCGGAAGAAGGAAGAGGACCCCAUCACCGCAGCCGCGCCCCCCGUGGUUUCCUUCUGAUACCGGUUCGAGUCUAUAUGUCGGACUCCUACUUCCGUAACAGUUUGUCUGUAACGGCUUGUUUAUUGGUAGCGGUUUAGGUGCUUUGGGUUGUAUGUUUCUUUAGCUUCUGUAGCUUUGGAUUUACUAUUAGCAUCUUUCUUCCUUUUAUUGGGCUAUA